CACACUGUAGAUCCGACCAUGGUCACGCUGAACUGAACUCAAGUGGUGCUCAGAUUCCCGAGCGGUCAUCGGAGAGACGGAGACUGCGCGAGGACGAGGAGAGGAGCUCCCAUGGCGGAGGCGGCACGGAAGCCCCGCCCUGUCCGCUGCAUCGUUAAGCUAGGCGGAGCGGCCAUCACGAACAAGGGGGAGCUGGAGAGCAUCGACGAGGAGAGCCUGCAGUCUGCGUGCGCGCAGCUGCGGCAGGCCAUGUCCGACGGCGCCGCCCCGGAGAAGGCUAGGGGGAUGGACUGGAGCAGGAGGCCCGGCGAUCCGGCCGACCCGGUCGUGGACGCGGAGGGGUUCGCGGGUAUGGCGGGGCUGGGUCUCGACAGCAACUUCGUCGUCGUCCACGGCGCAGGUUCUUUUGGCCACUUCCAAGCAAGUAGAUCUGGAGUACAUAAAGGAGGGUUGCAUUCAACGCUGGUGAAGGCUGGCUUUGUGGCUACAAGAAUUUCAGUGACUUCUCUCAACCAGGAAAUUGUUAGAGCCUUGGCAAGAGAAGGAAUACCGUCUGUUGGGAUGUCACCAUUUGCUUGUGGAUGGUCUACUCAGCGAAGAAAUCUUGCAUCAGCCAAUGCUUCUCAAAUCAUUGAGUCGCUCCAUGCUGGCUUUGUCCCUGUUUUGCACGGAGAUGCUGUUCUUGAUGAAUCGCUGGACUGCACCAUAUUGAGUGGGGAUGUCAUUAUACGCCACCUUGCACAGCUUUUGACUCCAAAAUAUGUCGUGUUUCUGACAGAUGUUCAUGGAGUAUAUGACCGUCCUCCAACUGACCCCAAUGCAGUACUUCUCAAAGAGAUAGAGGUAGAUGACAACGGAGGCUGGUCGAUUGUAAAACCUGCAUUACAAGGCAACAGAAAAGGAGUGGAGAUAUCAGUAGCCGCACACGACACUACUGGAGGAAUGGAGACCAAAAUACUGGAAGCUGCCGUGAUAGCUAGGCUUGGAGUUGAUGUGUACAUUACAAAGGUUGAUACUGAGCACUCCCUGAGAGCCUUGAAGGGGGAUGUGAACACAAGCUCGGACAAUUGGCUUGGAACUGUUAUACGCGCUGCCAAAUAGAGUUCUAGCUACAGAACAGAAGCAACACAAUUUUUAUGUCGCGUAGGGUUCGCUGUUGAGCAUUGAUGUUCGCCAGAUGAAAAAUUAGAGGUUUAUUCCUACUGCGAUCACUUUCUCGCCGAAUGUCACGCUAGUAUUGUGACCAGUGGUAAUACCUCCAUUUAUCGGAGAACACAGAAUCUUCCUUUGUGAUUUACGAUACCAUUUUUUAAUGAGAAUGCAGUUGUUUGUCA